UAGCUAGGUUAGCUAGUUAGUGACCCAGCUUCAAUCUGCGUUCUCGACAUCCUUGGUAACAAAUAAUCUAGAAGCCUAUAGGAUGGAUAAACUCCAGCAGAUCCAAUCGUUGUCUUUGUUGCUAGAUGGUGAAUUCGCGAAUGGUAUGAUGGGAGUUGAAGUCUUAGCCGCGCAGAAAACUGGUCCAGCUGAAGCUCGUAGAUUUCAAAUUAUGUCGGUUUCUUUGAGUGGCGACUGUUUGAAACCUUCGAAAAGACUUUGAGAGGUGGAGUCACGUUGAGGAGAGGCCUGGAAGACCACGUUGCAUGCUGUGCUGCAGAAAGAAACCUCACAGUCUUCAUGUGAAGCUAUCCCAUAAUGCAACAUGUGCCCCCAGCACCAGGACUAGCUAUGAUGGCCACCCAGAGUGUUCCUCCACCAUCCUACCAGGAGAGCCAGCAGAUGACGGGCACCACCCAGCAGAACUCCAAGACCCCGCAGGUCCACCUCCCAGCUGCGGGGGGCGCCAGCACACCGGUCAGCGUGACCCUCGACCCCCAGGCCCAGCUGGAGUCUGAUAAGAGGGCCGUCUACAGACACCCCCUGUUCCCCCUCCUUGCGUUGCUGUUUGAGAAGUGUGAGCAGGCCACACAGGGCUCAGAGUGCAUCACCUCCGCCAGCUUCGACGUCGACAUCGAAAACUUCGUCCACCAGCAGGAGCAGGACCACAAGCCGUUCUUCAGCGAAGACCCCGAGCUGGACAACCUGUUUGUCCAACAGCAUCCGUAUCCCACAGAGGAUGAGAAAAGACAGAUUGCAGGACAGACUAAUCUCACCUUGCUACAGGUGAACAACUGGUUCAUCAACGCCCGCAGGCGUAUUCUCCAGCCCAUGCUGGAUGCCAGUAACCCAGACCCGGCGCCCAAGGCCAAGAAGAUGAAGUCUCAGCAUCGGCCCACGCAGCGCUUCUGGCCUGACUCCAUCGUGGCGGGCGUGCUUCAGAGCCACGGGGCCCUGACUGGAGGCCACUCCGACAACUCUCUGAACAUGGACGGCCUCCAGCCCCUGUCCUCCGACUCAGCAACCCUGGCCAUGCAGCAGGCCAUGCUGGCCGGCACCGAGGACUCCAUGGACGGCACGGAGGAGGAGGAGGAGGAAGAGGAGGAAGAGGAAGAGGAGGAGGAGGAAGGGAUGGAGGAGGAGGAGGAGGAGGAAGAGGAGGAGGAAGAAGAGGAUGACAGUCAGGGGGGGAGACAGCUGUCCGCUGGAGGUGGGAGGAGAGAUCUGUCUAUGGAGCAGAGAGAGGGACUCGAGUAAGAGCAGGAGGAGAUGACUUGAGUAGCUAAAGAAGAAUAGAUGGAGAGGCUAGUCUCCUAUGACCCUGGCACACGCCCACGCCCAUUCAGAUUCAGCUAGAACUGGCCACUAACACUAUAAGGGGCAUUGUUUCGUUUUAUACAUCUUUAUAAUCUCAAGACUCUCAAAGACUCCCAGACAGAGCCAUUAGGAAGAGCCCCAACGUGACAGAGCCGUUGUGGACUAAAAGGUUGUGCAUUCUUUUUGUUGUUGUUGCAAAAAUGGACAAUUCAUGACUAUGACAAUGAAGGUAUCUACACGUAAAAAAAUAAAUAAGAAGAAACUUUUAUUUUUUGUUGCAAACAUGUUCUGUCUCGUUGUCGCGCCUGUGGCCCUCAUGUGGGUCUUCCUCUGCUGGUGUCAUCUAGGCCGUGGUCCCGUCACAACACGGGGUGGUUCUCAGGUGAACUCCAUAAAAGCACAAACAUUUAUUUGGAGAACUCUAAACACGACAGACGGUAUAUUUCCAUGAACGCAGAGCGGUCACAACAUGGCCUAAUGGAUGUUUUUUUGUGCAUGAUUUCCGGGGGGGCGGGAGG